AUGUCAUCGUUGAGCGACGAUGAGUUGAGAUCUGCUUUGCGGGACCAUGGAGUUCAUGUUGGUCCAAUUACAGAUACCACUAGAAAGGUAUAUGAGAGAAAACUGGCCAAAUUUACCACACAAAACGUGGACAAAGAAGAAAAAAAAAACCGUCGACAGCCCAGAUCAACUACAAGUCAGUUGGGGAGUUUUAAAGCCGAAGAGCCUCAAACGUCUCUGUAUGCCAAAAACUGGCCCUCUCAGACACCCGUCAACUUUGGUAGAAGUCCUUCUGACCAACCCGACAGGUUAUCCACUGACGUAAUCCGACGCGAGGCUCGAAGCCGGUCUUCGGUUUUCUACUCCGACGAACCUUAUUUCAAUACCCAGACGGCCUCGCCACAGCAGAAUCCUGGCCAAACGCCUAUACGACCAGUGCUUCGCUUCGACCCACUCGACUCGGCGUCAGUCCGUCAGGCUCAGGAACAGAGACUUACCCAUACACCUCGCCGCAGCACAGGCUUAGAUGAUCUUGAUGGUAGUUUGGACAACCACAUCGUUACUCGCCAGUCGAUUACUCCUGUUGCCCGGUCUACUGGUCGAUUCUCUUUUUUACGUCUUUCGGAAACGGCGCCACUGAAGGAUGCAGGAACGUCAACGUCUGCCAGUCUGCUUUUUUCGCCGCCGGCGUCGCAGACUGCUGAUCAGUCGCAGUCCUACUGGCCCUCCUUUUAUCUCAGGCGUCGAUCUGGAUCGGGUGUUUUGUCUGAGGACGCAGACAGCCAGUGGGAGUAUUCUCGUCGACAGCAGACAACUGCUGCUGGCCGUCUUGGUAAUGGCGACGCAAACUCUCUGUCUUCCACAGUCAGCCGGCUAGUCAGCUCAUUGGGUCGGCACGUGCCUAACCUAAUUUUACUAGCUGGCCUCACCCUCUUCAUUGUCCUGCUCUCUUGUUACUUCCUGUUGAAGGACAAGCAUGGCAAUGUCGGCAGGAUUGCUGGUACGGCAUAG